AUGGCAGAAGACGGAGGAAGAGGGAAGGCCAAUGGUCACCGCUGCAUCCACCGCAAGGCUCUUGACUGGGCACAUAGUGCGUACUACAGAUACUCUGUGGAGACGGGAAUCUGCGUCUUGGAGUGGUGGGAGGCGGCUCUUGUCAAUCUUUACUUUUUGCUCUUGCUCUCUUCGCUAGCUAGGCAGAUGGUGAGAAUAGGGAUUUAUUUAAUUGAAAUGCUGCUAAAGUACAGACUCUUCCUAGGAAGGUCUUGA